UCGUAGGACAUGUGGAUGUGCUCGGCACCAUACCGCGUGGCGAUCGAUGCUCAGCCUCUCAAUGAAACAGCGCUGCUGUACUGAGCUACCUUGGCUGCCAAAAAAUUUGCGGGGUCUACGGUGGAAAUGUGAGUGUUCUCGGACGUGCACGAACAAAUGCGGCCUGCGAUGUCUACGGUCAGCCACCUGAAGCAUUGGUGGGCGUUGUAGUUGCUUGUUUUCAAAUUGCGGCGGCAUCGAUCGUCGUUUUUCCGAAUACGGGCUUCUUCAGUUUUCAUGUGGACACGUGCUCUGCAGGAUUCAUGGUAUCUAUCUGAUGAACUCAAAUACUCAAAGAAUCAACAAGACAGUGCGGAGUUGUCAACGAACUGAGAUCGUGAGAAGUUGCUCGAGUAGGAGACAUGGAGAGAGUAGAGAAUGCUUUGACUGAGAAACUGUCAGCUCUGUCGGUAGGGAAAGACUUCAAUCCUGAGACAGAUAUGUUGGUACAAGAUUCUGGAUCAAAACGAAGGAAAGGCGGGAUGCAUCUUGAGGCAGACUUCGGUGGAGAGCAAGACUGUGGAAUUGAUUCAAAGGGAGCGAUGUCAGGGGUAGAAAGUUCUUGUGGGGAAGUGGAGCAAGAAUUAACAGCAGAUUCACAUACACCAUCUUGCUCCUCCUCGAUGUUGCAGGAAGAGCAGGCUGCUCUCUGUACUGAAGUCGCCGAUGGCCCUCCCGACGGGUUUCUCUCCAUCUUACCAUACACAGAUUUGAAAUCUCUACUCACUCUCGAGAGGGUAAGCAAGCAUAUGCGCAGCGGAGUGAAUGAUGUCCUGGUGUGGAGGAAGUUAGAGGUUGAACCCCCAUUAAGCCGCGCCCUUACAGAUGACAUUCUUAUGACUCUUGUCAAGAGGGCCGGUAGAUUACUGAAGGUGAUGAGACUUGUCAGAUGUUCAAGGAUCACUGAUGGAGGACUGGCCAAUGCGCUAUCACUCUGUCCACAGCUUGAGAAGCUGGAGAUCCCCGGAUGUACAGGGCUCAAUAUUGAUGCCCUCGUGCAUACGGUGGAGCAACACUGUGCGAUGAGUCGUUCGCAAGGGAUGUGCGGCAUCAAACAAUUGCGAAUUCGUGGAAUGUAUGAAAUCAAUCAGCAGAGCCUGUAUGCUCUAAGAGAUCUGAUUUUGAGCGGACCAGGACACCAGUCAACGCCCGGACCCACUCAGCCUGUUUACAUGUUUUCAAAUACCUUUGAUGACCAUCGAGCUAUCGAUGUUGAGAUGUGUCCGAGAUGCGACUUCGAAUAUGCGACAAUUGUGUUCGACUGUACGAGGAAAAGUUGUCAGAAUGCAGCGAAAAUUGACCCCAGCAAAGCUUGCCGGGGUUGUUUCAUGUGUUUGCCGAGAUGUAGUGGGUGCGGUAAUUGCCUUCUGGAAGACGAGGAGUUCGAGAGGACCUGCUGCGUAUGGUCUCUUUGUUUCAGCUGCUGGGCGCAAUCGCCCAGGUGCGCAGAAUGUAACACCGCCAUUUGCUGGCAGCACAAAACGGAGUUCUUGGAAGGGAUCACUCAAGACCCCAAGUCGGAGGUAUGUGUGAGGUGCAGAAUGUUUUGGAAAGAGCUGAGGGCUAACGGAUCUAUUGGCUUUAGUUUUUGACGAAAAGGUUAUGUCAACUUUACCCGACACCCAAUUGUUAUGUGUUUAAGGAGUUGAUACCCAACGGAAAUUGAGCUCACCUUUUCAUCCUUACGACCACUGAUUAUGUGGAAAUUAUAUGGAAGCUUACGUGAGAGGCGGAUUGACAACUGUAUCUUUCCGGUUACAACUCUUUCAAGUUCAUGACGGAGAUGAGGAGUGGUCACAUUGUCGUUACUACUCGAAAAAGCUCCUCUUCUAUAGAUAUAUGAUCGCGACAGGAUGUACCACAAUCCUCUGUCCUUACGAUACCCCACAACGUCGUUCAAACGGAAUGUAGUAUCCAAGAACCACCAGUGUAAAGGCCAGUAUGAUUUCUAUAAAUAAUAACUAUGGGGUGUGUCCAAUGGUUGUAUAUAUAAGAAAAAAUUUUGUCAUGUCAUUACAAAGCAUAACCCAAUGUGUCUGCACUUAACCAUCAACCCGGCAGAAUUUGCUGUGGAUGGGAAGCAGGACGGAUGAGGACCUUGGAGAAGGGACAAAGAAUUUCGGGAGUCUGCUCAAGAUCGAUCAACACCGUAUACAGAACGAGCGAAUAGAAGCAGUAGUACUUUUCACGAGUUCUCACACGCUAACUCCUCAGAACGCAAAUUCGUUUUAGCUAUCCCUACUCGAAAAUUGGCAGAGGCGUGGCCACAUUUUGUCCUUGUUCAGACUGGCGAUAUAGGUGUGCCUGAGUGUGUAGUAUGCACACGGUGCACAUACUCACACAAUUAUUCACUGAAAUGAAAAAUGUGUCCAGAUGCAUGGCGCGAAUCAUCCGACGCAAGCGGCUCCGCGUUCCUGUCAGAUUUUACAUUUUCCGCAAGACGAGUAAUACGACUUGACGGGGUCUUCCCAUCCUUUCUGAUAUUUUACUGUGUCUCAUUUUCUUGCACAUUGAUACUUACCGCGCGGUUAUCACUCAUGACCACUUGUAAGGAUCACUGUACUCUCUUGUCCAGGAUGAUGUGUUACACUGUACAGCACAACAGCACACGAGGCCUUGAAGAUGAUGAGUCACCAAGAUAACGGCAUCAGAGAUCAAAUAUCAGCAAGUCAAAGGGACAUGAUUCCUUGUGUUCAUCGUUUGGUUUCGUCCAUGUGCGGUUUGAUGGGUUUUCCAUCCUUUUUGCAAUAUUACUUGCUUCCAUUUUCUCGACUUGAGGUACUUCCGUUUUGAUGUCCGAUCUCAAUGUUUUGAUGUGCGUAGAACAAGAGAGGGAGGACAUUACAGCUAGAAGCUUAAUAAUCUCCUCUGGAGCCAUCAUCACCGUCUCAAGUUUGUCGAAAGCGAGGCUUUUGAUCGUCUGACAAGGCUCGGGCCAAGUUCAGCACUUUCUGAAUCGAGCCUCGAGCUGGAUUUCGAUCAGCGUGUCCUUAGUACUGCUGUACCAUGGCGGACAAGCAGUAGCAAGUACAGUAACGGAUAAGAAUAGAAGCACCUGGGGAUACUGCAGACCAAAGGCUCUCACAAUACUCCUCAAUGAAUCAGCUUUAUCAUGCGAUGGUAAACUGUCGAUUCAUCUCAUGCCUUGAGAAUAUAUUAUUGAAGAUUCCAACUAAUAUGGCGAAGAGUAGGAAGAUCCUAUCUAAGUAGAUGAUGCCAUAGAUGGGUAGAUGAGAUUUGGCUGUAAUCUGUGGCUGUUUGGUUUGCAUGGUAAUGGAAAUCAUGAACUGCAACUAACUAGGUACGCCAAUUUACGUAGGUUUUGAAGAAUCAUCACCUUGUACUGUAAUCGAAAGGGGGCCCA